CACUUCCUAGUGUUCUCCACAAGCCAUAGCAAAGAUGUUUUCAGGAGUAACAGGUCUGAUUAACAGGGGCCAGAAACUGAAGGGCACAUUAGUGUUGAUGCAUAAGAAUGCCAUUGACAUCAAUGCCCUUACCUCAGCUCAGAGUGCCUCCGGUAUCUUCGGUGGUGCCAUCAGUAUUGUGGGAGGUGCCGUUGGCACCACUGUUGACACCCUCACUUCCUUCUUGGGAAGAUCAGUGGCUCUCAAGUUGAUCAGUGCCACCUCCGCUGAUGCGGGUGGAAAGGGAAAGGUGGGAAAGCAAACAUUUUUGGAAGGUCUUGUUACUUCCCUUCCAACCUUGCGAGAUGGGCAAUCUGCAUUUGAUAUUCACUUUGAAUGGGACAGUGACAUGGGAAUUCCUGGGGCAUUCUACAUCGAGAAUUUCAUGCAAGUUGAAUUCUUCCUUGUCAGUUUGACUCUCGAAGACGUUCCAAACCAAGGAACCAUCCACUUUGAUUGUAACUCAUGGAUUUACAAUGCAAAGUUGUACAAAACCACACGCAUUUUCUUUGCCAACAAGACAUACCUUCCAAGUCAAACACCAGCUCCACUAGUGACGUAUAGAGAGGACGAAUUGAAGACUUUGAGAGGAGAUGGAACAGGAGAGCGCAAAGAACAUGAAAGGAUCUAUGACUAUGAUGUCUACAAUGAUUUGGGUGAUCCUGACUCCAAUGCCAGAUUGGCUCGUCCAGUUCUUGGAGGAUCAACAUUGCCUUACCCUCGCAGGGGAAGAACCGGCAGAAAACCAACCAAGAAAGAUCCUAAAAGUGAGAGUCGCAGCGACACUGUUUACCUUCCGAGGGACGAAUCAUUUGGUCACUUGAAGUCAUCAGAUUUCCUUGUUUAUAUACUCAAAUCUGCAGCUCAAAAUGUGAUACCUCAGUUACAAUCUGCACUUAGACUACAAUUCAAUGACCCUGAGUUUACUAGCUUUGAUGACGUGCGUGGACUCUACGAUGGUGGAAUUAAGUUGCCUACUGAUGUACUUAGCAAGCUUAGUCCAAUUCCAUUGUUCACAGAACUCUUCCGAACUGAUGGUGAACAGGUCCUUAAGUUUCCACCGCCUAAAGUAAUUCAAGUGAAUCAGUCUGGAUGGAUGACUGAUGAAGAGUUUGCAAGAGAGAUGAUUGCUGGUGUCAAUCCACACAUUAUUAAAAGACUUCAGGAGUUUCCACCAAAGAGCAAGCUAGAUAGCCAGCUCUAUGGUGACAACACCAGUACAAUAGCCAGAGAACAGUUGGAGCCUAACUUGGGUGGGCUCACUGUAGAACAGGCUAUCCAAAACAACAGAUUGUUCAUACUAGACCACCAUGACACACUUAUUCCAUAUUUGAGGCGAAUUAACGCCACUGACACAAAGGCCUAUGCUACUAGAACCAUCAUUUUCUUGCAAGAUAAUGGAACUUUAAAGCCAUUGGCCAUUGAGCUAAGUAAACCACAUCCUCAGGGUGAUAAUUUUGGUCCUAUUAGUAAUGUCUACCUUCCUGCAGAACAAGGUGUUGAAGCUUCCAUUUGGCUACUUGCCAAGGCUUAUGUGAUUGUAAAUGACUCUUGCUAUCACCAACUUGUCAGCCAUUGGUUAAACACUCAUGCAGUUGUUGAGCCAUUUGUCAUAGCAACAAACAGGCAUCUCAGUGUGGUUCACCCUAUUCACAAGCUCCUUCUUCCACACUAUCGUGACACAAUGAACAUCAACGCACUUGCAAGGAAUGUCCUGGUCAAUGCAGAGGGUAUUAUAGAAUCAACAUUCUUGUGGGGCAACUAUGCUUUGGAAAUGUCUGCUGUUGUAUAUAAGGAUUGGGUUUUCCCUGAGCAAGCACUACCUGCUGAUCUUAUCAAGAGAGGUGUGGCUGUUGAGGAUUCAUCUUCAACUCAUGGCCUUCGUCUUUUGAUUGAGGACUAUCCUUAUGCUGCUGAUGGACUAGAGAUAUGGUCUUGUAUCAAGUCAUGGGUGCAAGAAUAUGUGUUUUUCUACUACAAGUCAGAUGCUGCUAUUGCACAAGACACUGAACUCCAAGCCUUUUGGAAAGAACUUGUGGAGGUUGGUCAUGGUGACAAGAAAAAUGAGCCAUGGUGGGUGAAGAUGCAAACUCGCGAAGAGUUGAUUGAAUCUUGCACCACUCUCAUAUGGACUGCUUCAGCCCUUCAUGCAGCUGUUAAUUUUGGACAAUACCCUUAUGGUGGCUAUAUCCUUAACCGACCAACUCUUAGCAGGAGAUUCAUGCCUGAGAUAGGAUCUCCUGAGUAUGAUGAGCUUUCUAAGAGCCCUCAGAAGGUGUUUUUGAAGACAAUUACAGGAAAGAAUGAUGCCCUUAAAGACCUUACAAUUAUAGAAGUUUUGUCAAGGCAUGCUUCUGAUGAGUUAUACCUUGGACAGAGAGAGGGUGGUGAGUUUUGGACUUCUGACUCUGAGCCAAUAGCUGCCUUCAAGAGGUUCGGACAGAGGUUGGCCGAAAUUGAGCAAAAGCUCAUCCAAAGGAACAAUGAUGAGACACUGAGGAACCGUUAUGGCCCAGUGAAGAUGCCUUACACAUUGCUUUAUCCUUCUAGUGAGGAAGGCUUGACUUGCAGAGGCAUUCCCAACAGUAUCUCCAUCUAAAGAGGGGUUUGUGCUUGAUUUGAGAUUUAAAUAAAAGAUGAGAAGGAUUGCAAUUUCUUUUACCCAUGUAUGGUUAUUUAUUGUCUAUGUUUCCAUGCUGUAAUGGUUUGCAUUAAUAAAACUUCUGUGUUUUUACUUUCUA